AUGUACCGGUUCAAUUCAUUAGAACAAUCACAAGAGACAUCAAACAUCAUUGGAUUGUGCGCCUGGUCCAAGCACAGUUCAAUAAUGAGUUCCUUGUGUAGAUGUUUCUCGAGACCUGCCGAUCCCGAGCUACUGCCAGCUACAUUAUCGACAACAUAUACACCAGUAGAUCCGGGUCAGGAUGACGUGGAUGACGUGAAGGAUGUUGUCGGCGACAAUGAAAAGACAGUAAACAAGCAAUUUGCAUCUGAGCCUGAUUUCAGACGAUUUUGUCACCAUAAAGAUCAAAUGUUUAUAAUGCAUCGACCAAGACGAAGUUUUGAAAUGGUACUGCAAGAAGUAUGUGUGCAACAUCAUUCGGUGGACACAAUGCGAAAUUCUCAUCUUACCGAAGUGAUGUCACCGACCGAAUAUGAAAUUGUCUAUUGCAAUAACAAUAAUGAUAAUAACAAUAAUAAUAAUAACAAUAAUAAUGGUUUUUUGUCAACAGUAAAAACGAUUAUUCACGAUGCCUCGAUUAAAUCACCUUCAAUUUUGAUAAAAAUACCGGAAAAUUUUCAAAAUCAAAAUGUUGAGCGUUUUUUUUUAUAA